GUGAGGGUAGAGAGGGAUUUCUGAGCCUCCCCAUUGGUUCACAGCAAGGACAAAGCCCUUCCCUGCUCCCCUCUCCCUCCCUGUCUCUCUCGCUCUACCUCUGCCUGAGCGAGAGAGAGAAAGGGAGGGAGGGAGAGUGAAAGUGGAGAGGCAGGCAGGCAGACUUGUUGCAACAGAUGGCUUUACCAGCGGCGGCUCGGCGGCGGCUGCACCGAGGAGGAACUCUGGGACGCCGUUGAAGACGGAAGGUGGAGAGAAAAAGGGGGGGUGGCAGAAAGUCACACAGCGAGUUCUUCCUCCCUCUUCGUCCACAAACUCUUCCUCUCCGGACAGACAGGAAGACAUGUCAGUGGGUCAGAGAGGAGAACACCUGCUGACAGUGAGGAGCUCCUGAAGGAGACGCAGCAGCAGCAGCAGCAGGAGGUCUGAACGCAGCCGGAGACUCUCUGCAGGUUCCUGCUGAGCUGAUCACACACACUGUCUGCACAAGGUAAAUCAAUGCCAUACGAGUUUGACAUCAGAGUGCCGUUCUACAUCAGAGGACCCAACGUGGAGCAAGGCAGCAUAAACCCUCACAUGGUCCUGAACAUCGAUCUGGCUCCGACCAUCCUGGACAUCGCCGGCCUCGACACUCCUCCAGACAUGGACGGGAAGUCGAUACUGUCUCUGCUGGACACUGACAAACCUGCCAACAGAUUCCAGGUGAACAAGAAGCCAAAGGUGUGGAGAGACUCCUUCCUGGUGGAGAGAGGGAAGUUGCUGCACCAGCGUGUCGAGGGAAAGGAAGUGUCGCAGGAGGAGAACUUCCUGCCCAAAUACCAACGAGUAAAAGACCUCUGUCAGAGAGCCGAGUACCAGACGCCCUGUCAGCAGACCGGACAGAAGUGGCAGUGUGUGGAGGACGCCACCGGGAAGCUUCGGCUCUUCAAGUGUAAGAGCGAAGGGGGAGGAGCCAAGAACUUCCAGAGGGGCAUGGCCGGUCGUCAGCGUCCGCUCAGCAUCAAGUCUCAGCUGUACCAUCAGAACUCCGACGCCUGCGACUGCGACCUCCGCGACCUCCGACCUCUGAACCUGCGGCCCUCCGUGAUGAGGCCGUUCAACAAGAAACCGUUCUUCUCCAAGAAGAAGUUCAAGGCCCUGAAGAGUUACUCCAGGAACCGCUACAGUCGCUCCAUAUCCAUGACCAACAGUUACCCUGGCAACGACAGUGUGGUGGGUGGCGCCGACUGGGCUCAGCUGAUACGAGAGGAGACUGAGGACGAGUUCAGCGGGAUGGGAGGAGUUCCCAUCGGCAGGGUGGCGUCCAACUCCCUCAAAGUCACACACAGAUGUUCCAUUCUGCCCAACGCCACAGUGAAGUGUGAUACAGGAGUUUAUCAGUCUCUGCAGGCCUGGAAGGACCACAAGCUGCAUAUUGACCACGAGAUUGAGACGCUGCAGACAAAGAUAAAGAACCUGAGAGAGGUCAGAGGCCACCUGAAGAAGGCCCGCCCCCUCGAGUGCGACUGUAAUAAAUACCUGUAUAAGUCCAAACUGAAGAAUAAGCUGAGGUACAGAGGAGGUGGUCUGCACCCCUUCAG